AUGACGUCACCAUUUAUCGCCGGUCCCACCAACAUCUUCGUCUCGUCAAUGAGCCCCCACCACCUCCUGACGACCCUUUUGCCCCUCCGCUAUCUUCCACUUUACCUGCCGCUCCUCGCAUGCCCAGCACCCUGCCAUCUCAGCUCUAUCAACCACGACCUCCUGCCGCCAGUCCAGUUCCGCCGGCACGACCACCAGCCGCUGCGCCUGUUUCACCCCCGCGGUCUCCUCCCGGUUCUUCGGGGAGAGCGCGAACGCAGUCCCCCACUACCACAAAUUUUGCAGUCGAGUAUCCCGCAUUUGGGGACAUCGCAGGCGUCAGCACACCCGAGGUGCAAUGGGAUAGCCUCGUCCUGGGAAAACCUCCUGAGUGAUCAAGGUAUCUCCCCUGCCAGUCUGGACUCCCCCAACAUCGGGAAUAAUCUUCCUGCAUCUAUCCUGUCCAGUCCUAUCCAGAGACUCUCCGUCGACUACCGCAAGAAAUCCAAGCUGGAGUUUUCCGUCUACCCGGCGCCGCAGAUCUCCACCGCCGUGGUCGAGCCCUACAACGCGGUGCUGGUCACCCACUGCACCCUGGAGCACUCCGACUGCUCCUUCAUGGUGGACAACGAGGCCAUUUACGACGUGUGCCGGCGGAACCUCGACAUCGGCCGCCCCACCUACACCAACCUCAACCGCCUGAUCGCGCAGAUCGUGUCGUCCAUCACCGCCUCGCUGCGCUUCGACGGCGCCCUCAAUGUGGACCUGACUGAGUUCCAAACCAACCUGGUCCCCUACCCACGUAUCCACUUCCCGCUCGCCACCUACGCGCCCCUCAUCUCGGCCGAGAAGGCUUACCACGAGCAACUGUCGGUUCCCGAAAUCACCAACGCCUGUUUCGAGCCGGCCAACCAGAUGGUGAAAUGCGACCCCCGCCAGGGCAAGUACAUGGCGUGCUGCAUGUUGUACCGCGGGGACGUGGUGCCCAAGGAUGUCAACGCCGCCAUCGCCACCAUCAAGAGCAAGCGCUCCAUCCAGUUCGUAGACUGGUGCCCGACCGGAUUCAAGGUGAGUGGAGGGUUUGAGACAAAACCGUGUGUACCCGGUGGAGGAGGGACUUUGGCUAUGCUUGUCCGAUACCUCAGGUGA